AUGGUGGGCAAGGAAUGGUACGAGCCUGCUCCGGCCAAGCUAGUAGAAUGUGGCAAGGCCCUUGAAAUCCAAAUCUCGAAAUUCAGUCGCAGCUUGCCUGGCCUGCUCUCGUAUGGGCAACCUCCCUUCUUCCUCGCCAACCGAAGAUGGGGUAUCAAUGUAUAUCCCCAUGGUCUAAAACCAUCUAGUAAAACAUAUGGCCAGAAUGUGGAGGUCUACCUACACAUAUGGACGGGAACCGCCUCUGAAAACGAACUGCAAUUCCGAAACUGGAUGGCCAUCAAUAACGUCAAAUUCACAAUAACAAUCACCGAACCGGCUCCAUCGCUGCUAAACGUUGUAAAGACAUCCGACGACUGUUUUGUCGAUAUCGAGAAUGAGGCUGGAUGGUUUGUCGCAAGCUUUAGAGGCAAUCCGAGAUUGUUGGACUUGACGAAUGACACUUUGGUUAUAAGGAUUGAUUUUAAUGGUAGUGGUGGCUUUUAUCCCAGUACUCCAGAUAGUGGCCUGGUGAAGCAGCCUUCGUUGGGGAUACUGGAACGGUUGUUUGAUAAUCCACCAGUGUCCGAUCUAGUGUUUGUUGCAAAGAAUGACUCUGAAGGUCGAGAAAUUCACGUACAACAAUGUGUAUUAGAAGGACAGUCUGAUAUAUUAGCCAAUCUGAUUGCAGAAACUCGUAGAACUAACAAUAGUAGCGACAAGCCCAGAUUGGUCAUUCCAAACGUGGACCACGACACACUGAAGCAUCUAAUACGCUGCAUAUACAACGAAUACCAUCAACCACCAAUACCAAAUCUAUGCCCAAUGUACAUAGUCGCCGAAUCCUUCGCUCUCCCAUACUUAUCCCGUCGCUUUGGACGAUGUAUAUACCAGCACCUCCCAACUCUGGACUCGGAAUCUGAAUGUGCGAGCGGCCUAUCCGCAUUUCGAUUACUGAAACAGUAUGGAUGUGAUUCACCAUCCCUAUCUAAUAUUUUGGCAGCGCAUUGUAUACACUCGUGGAACGAACUAAGCCAAUCGCCCGAAUUCAAAGAUUCGUAUAUCAGGCCUACAGCAGAUUCUACUCUAGCUCUAGCAACCUUGCUACGGAGGAUGAAUGUGGUAAAAUCAGCCAUGCCUGGAAGCCCGGCACGAGUUGCUGAGAAUACAGAAGACUCGACCGGCACGAAUCCGUCAUUCAAGUUGGAUUGGAGACGGUGUAUGGCAUUUAGAAGUCUGUUGAGCAAUCCAGCUGUAUCGGAUGUCAAGUUUCUUGUUGAGGGGAAGACUAUUUACGCUCAGAAAAGCGUGCUCUGUAGUGUCAGUGAAUACUUUGCAGCCAUGUUUCUGCGGCCAUGGCAAGAAUCAGUCGCUGAAGAUGAUGGCCAAACUGUUAUUAAUGUGCCUGAUUGUCCAUACAAGAUAUUCCACAACUUGCUGCUCUUCCUGUACAUUAACGAACUUGACGGUUGCCAUGAUUUGAAUGAAAUGGCAGGUCUUUAUGUUAUGGCAGAUAAAUAUGGUAUAUCAGACUUAAUGCAUCGAUGCCGGGAAAUGAUCUUGGCCACCAUCACGCCACUAUCAGCUCCAUCCCUCCUCUUCACCGUCGCAUAUAAACAUCCUCUGUUACGACGUCUUGUCAUGGACUGCAUCCUCUCCGAAUUCAAUAUCGUUAAAGCAACUCCCCCCUUUGCAAGCUAUAUCAUGGACGCUUGGAAAUCACCUGCGACUGGUUGCACUGAAGGACGUAUAGGCCGUAAACUGUAUGCAAGUGUAGUGAGUGACAUUAUUUCCUAUAUUAUGGUCAAGGACUUUGAAACGGUGUAUGAGGAUAUGCCAAAGAGACAAGUAGACAGGGAGGGUGAAGCUGGUUUAGGUGGUGAUGAUGAUGUUGAUGAGGACGAGGAAGAGGAGGAGAUCGUAGAAGAUGAAGCAGAGGAAUACCAAGGCGAUAAUGGUAAAGGACAAGACGACACCAGUCAGGACUUAUUGCUUUCUGGACGGUAUGAACUCACUCCCGUGCCGCACGACACGUCAGAUGAUGAAGGCACACAGUAUGAGGAUGGUGAAAAGUUUCAUUCGCCUGAAAAGUCUUGA